AUGGGAGCGGCGGCGGACACGGAGUGGCUGCGCUGGGUGAGCAAAAGAUUUGGGAAUGUCGCUGGGAAGGAGAAGGAAAUCAGCCUGGAAGAGUUCAAAUCCGCCCUGCAGGUCAAGGAGUCCUUCUUUGCCGAGAGGUUUUUCGCGCUCUUCGAUUCCGACGGGAGCGGCUCCCUGAGCCGGGAGGAGCUGCUGGGAUCCCUGCGCCGGCUGCUCCGCGGGAAUUCCACGGAAAAGCUCCGCUUCCUCUUCCAGGUGUACGACGUGGACGGGAGCGGCUCCAUCGACGCCGAGGAGCUGCGGGUGGUGCUCCGGGAGUGUCUCCGGGAGAGCUCCCUGGCCCUUCCCGAGGAGCGGCUCGGGGCCCUGAGCCAGGCCCUGCUCCAGGCCCUCGACCGGGAUCACAGCGGCUCCAUCACCUUCCCGGAGCUCCGGGAGCAGCUGGAAGCGUUUCCGGAACUCCUGGAGAACCUGAGCGUCAGUGCCGCCAGCUGGCUGAAGCCCCCCGGUCCCAGCCCUGCUGAGCCCUGGCUGUGCUGCUUUUCCCGGGAAUCCCGCGGGGACCAGCGGGCCGGGAUCUGCUGCUUUUCCCGGGAAUCCCGCGGGGAUCAGCGGGCCGGGAUCUGCUGCUUUUCCCGGGAAUCCCGCGGGGACCAGCGGGCCGGGAUCUGCUGCUUUUCCCGGGAAUCCCGCGGGGAUCAGCGGGCCGGGAUCUGCUGCUUUUCCCGGGAAUCCCGCGGGGACCAGCGGGCCGGGAUCUGCUGCUUUUCCCGGGAAUCCCGCGGGGACCAGCGGGCCGGGAUCUGCUGCUUUUCCCGGGAAUCCCGCGGGGAUCAGCGGGCCCGGCUGUGCUGCCUGGGGGGCUGGGUCGCCACCACGGCGCUCCUGCUCGCCCUGGGGGCUCUGUGGCACCGGGAGCGCGGCCCCGCCCUGGCGCUGGCCCGGGGCUGCGGGCAGAGCCUCAACCUCAACUGCGCCCUGCUGGCCGCGCUGAUGCUGCGGCGCUCUCUGACCUGGCUGCGCUCCACGCCGCUGGCGGAGCUGUUCCCGCUGGAGCUGCACGUGCGGGGCCACGAGCGCGUGGGACACCUGGUGCUGGCCCUGGGGACCGCGCACGCGGGGGCACACCUGGCACAGGCGGGCCUGGCACGGCGGGACUGGCUCGUGGCCCUGGGCGAGUACGUGCGGCGCUGGCGGCCGGGCGCGGGCGGCGUUGGUGGCACUGCCCCGCAGACCGGGCUGGCGCUGCUGGCGCUGCUCCUGGCCAUGCUCGCCUGCUCCAGCCCCUGCGUGCGGCGAGGCGGCCACUUCGAGGUUUUUUACUGGAGCCACCUCUCCUACAUCCCCGUGUGGCUCCUGCUGCUCCUGCACGGUCCCCACUUCUGGAAGUGGUUCCUGAUUCCCGGCUCCCUGUUCGUGCUGGAGAAGGUUCUGGGCUGGGCGUGGCGCCGGGCGGGGGAUCUGCGCAUCCUGGAGGCCAAGCUGCUGCCUUCCAAGGUGACCCACCUGGUGAUCCAGAGGCCGAAAUCCUUCCGCUUCCAGCCGGGGGAUUACAUCUACCUGAACAUCCCGGCCAUCGCCGCCUACGAGUGGCACCCCUUCUCCAUCAGCAGCGCUCCGGAGCAGCCAGAAACCCUCUGGCUGCACAUCCGGGCACGGGGCCAGUGGACCACCAAGCUCUACGAGUACUUCCAGCAGCUGGAAUCGCACGGCCCGGAGCCGAAUCCACCCGGGAAGAGCCGGCACUGGGAACAGGAAGGAUCCGUGGCCUCCGGCAGGGAUGGAGCCGUGGAGCUGACGGCGUUCCGAGCCUCCGGAGCUGCUAUCCCAGGAAAGGACCCAGAGCAGGGGGGCACCGGGCCCGGGGAGACCCAGCGGAGCUGCAGCGUCAAGUGCUUCCUGGACGGUCCCUACGGAACUCCGAGCCGGCGGAUCUUCACCUCGGAGCACGCCGUUCUCAUCGGAGCCGGCAUCGGGAUCACCCCCUUCGCCUCCAUCCUGCAGAGCAUCAUGUUCCGGUACCGGCGGCGGAAGCAGAGCUGCCCCAGCUGCCAUUUCUCCUGGAGCGAGGAACGGCGGGAUGAGGAGAUGACGCUCCGGAAGGUGGAUUUCAUCUGGAUCACGCGGGCCCAGCAGCACCUGCAGUGGUUCCUGGGCCUCCUGGCCAAGCUGGAGACGGAGCAGGCAGAGCUGGAGCCGGGAGGGAAGUUCCUGGAGCUGCACCUGUACAUGACCUCGGCGCUGGGCAAGGGGGACGUGAAGGCGCUGGGGCUGCAGCUGGCCCUGGACCUGCUGGCGGCCCGGGAGCAGCGGGAUUCCAUCUCCGGGCUCCGCAGCCGCACCCAGCCCGGCCGCCCCGACUGGGACAAGGUGUUCGGGAAGGUGGCGGCGGAGCGGCGCGGGAAGGUGGCCGUGUUCUUCUGCGGCUCCGCGGCGCUGGCCAGGGUCAUCCGCGGGCACUGCCGCCGCUUCGGCUUCCGCUUCUCCAAGGAAAACUUCUGACCGGAGCCGGUCCCGGGGCGGCCCGGCUCGGAGCCGCUGCGCCACGGAGCUCCGGGAAUGUUCCCUUCGGAUCUGGGGAGUGAA